AUGACGGCCUCCCUGCGUGCCUGCACUGUCCUGAGACACACAGUAGACUGUGGCUGCGGGGGCCGAGGGGACGGGGGACGGGGAGCUGGUGUCUCCCGCAGACAGAGCGGCCCUCGGGGAGAAGGAAGAGGUUCUGGAGAACGACGUGCCCCCGCGGGAACCCAGCGAAGGCCGAGAACUGUGCGCCUGACACGUUCGGAGGGUUCGGUGGUGGUUCCGCGGGACAGCGCCCCGUCGGGGGUAACACGCCCUGAGGCACCCCGCGGGCGGCGAGGAGACGCGGCUGGGGUCUGGGUGCGGAGAGGGAGGGUCUGCGCUGCGGUGGCGGGUUUCCGCAGAGUCGGUUCCUCUUCAAACCACCACGUCCGCGCGGCCCCGAGAAGCCGAGCCGCCGACCUUCGUGCCGCAGGCGGAGCCCCACCCCGACCCCGACGGCGCGGCCGCGGGGAGGACACGCAGGGCCGAGGCCCGGGGAGCGCGAGCGCCGCGGCGGGGGCCCGCUGCCUGACCGCAGCCCGGCCGAGGAGCCCCGGAACCGAAUCCGAGGGGCGCGUGAACACAGACCCCGGGACCCCCGAGCGGAUCCGAGCCCAGGAAGGGGAGACCCGACAGCCCCGCGCACAGCACCGCGGGGACCCCGCGUCACCGCGCACAAAGCCCCGGCGUCUACACAGCGCGCCCCUCCUCCGCGGGCUCCUGCGAGCUCGCACCCCCUCCGCAGUCCCCGCUCAGGCGGCUUCUCCUCACCUCCUCCUCCGUCGGCGAGUCCUGAGGAGCCCGGCUCCCGUCAGCGUGGACGCGGCCCCACGUCCUCCCGAAGUCUCCACAGCGGGUCCUGAGGGGGCCGGCCCCUGA